UGCGAAUUCACGGCUGCCGAAAGUAGAGUAAUUGCACAGCUGCUAAUUCUAUUGAUUUCGCAAUCAAAAGUCUGAGAACAGCCACCUCGGGUGAAGAGGCGAGUUUGCCAUUGUGUGAAUAAUUCAGCAUCGGCUCGGUGCCGUAACAAAGUGUCUCCUUUCGUAAAGUUCUCAUAGGGAGUGUGAUUUCAGGUUAGGAAGCUGCCUGUAUUACGUUUGUUCUCAGCAGACAUGGAUACCGUCAAGAUAAGCGAGCUGCUUCGUGCCACCAUCGAGCCAACGCAGCGAUUGCAGGCUGAGGAACAGCUAAAUCAGGUACACAAGAUCAUCGGUUUUUUGCCCAGCCUGAUGCAAGUGAUACUGAAAAAUGAUCUAGAAAUUCCGGUCCGACUGGCGGGAGCGAUCUAUCUGAAGAAUCUGAUAAACAGCAGUUGGCAGGACCGGGAGGCGGAAGCUGGCCUGCCACUCCCUUUCGCGAUACAUGAGCAGGACCGGGCCAUGAUCCGCGACACGAUCGUGGAAGCGGUCGUUCAUGUACCCGCGGACGUGAUCAAGGUACAGCUGUGCUUCUGCCUGAGCCACAUCAUUAAGAACGACUUUCCGGGUCGGUGGACGCAGGUGGUCGACAAAGUGAGCCUGUGUCUGCAAAACAGCGAUCCGGACGUAUGGCACGGUGCGCUGCUCUGCAUGUACCAGCUGGUCAAGCACUACGAGUACAAGAAGUCCGCCGAGCGAGCUCCUCUGACUGAGGCUAUGAACUUGCUUCUGCCGCAAAUCUACACGAUCAUGAUGAACGUAAUCAACGAGCCGUCGGAGCAGAGUGUGCUGAUGCAAAAACAGAUUCUGAAGAUUUUCUACGCACUGACACAGUACUCGCUGCCACUGGAGGUAAUCAGCAAGGACGUAUUUGCGAGUUGGAUGGAAAUCUGUGUACAAAUUUUGGAACGCCCGGCACCGGACUCGUCGCAUAUCGAGGAGGAAGAACGGCCACAGCUUCCUUGGUGGAAGGCGAAAAAGUGGGCCUCGCACAUCAUCCUGCGCAUGUUCGAGCGAUACGGCAGUCCAGGCAAUGUUAUCUCGAAGGAAUACAAAGAGUUCGCCGGUUGGUUCCUGCAAACGUUCACGAAUGGGCUGCUGAGAGUGCUGCUGAAAAUUCUGGAUGAGUACCGCCUCAAGGUGUAUGUGUCGCCACGUGUCAUGACAAACACGCUCGACUACAUCAAGACGGCCGUUUCGCAUGCGUUCGCUUGGAAAAUGCUAAAACCGCACAUCAUUGCGAUCAUUCGGGACGUUAUCUUCCCGCUUAUGUCGUACACGGACGCGGACGAUGAGCUGUGGGAAAACGACCCGAUCGAGUACAUCCGCAAGAAGUUCGACGUGUUCGAUGAUUUCGUGUCUCCGGUCCAGUCGGCCGAGACGCUGCUUCACAAUUGCUGCAAAUCUCGCAAGGGAAUUCUCACGCAGGUGAUGCAAAUCAUCAUGGAGAUCAUCAACACGCCCGGGCUAGGUCACAAGGAAAAAGAUGGAGCGCUGCACAUGGUCGGUUCUUUGGCCGAGGUGCUGCUGCGGAAGAAAAUCUUCAAGGAGCAGGUCGAGCAGCUGCUCAUGCAGUACGUAUUCCCGGAAUUUUCAAGCCCCCAUGGCCAUCUGAGAGCACGUGCCUGCUGGGUGAUGCACUACUUUAGUGACAUCAAGCUCAAAAAUCCCCAUGUGUUGGAGCAGGUGAUGCGCUUCCUUAGCAAUGCUCUUCUUACGGACAAGGACCUCCCGGUGAAGGUGGAAGCGGCAAUGUCUAUGCAGAUGUUCCUUAUAUCGCAGGAUGACGCAGCGCCGUAUCUUAAAAACCAGAUCAAGGAUAUCGUUAUGGAGUUGCUCAAAAUCAUCCGAGAGACGGAAAACGAAGAACUCACUACGGUAAUGCAGAAGAUCGUGUGCACCUACUCGGACCAACUGCCACCAAUUGCGGUCGACAUAUGUCAGCACUUGGCGACCACAUUUAGCCAAGUGUUGGAAACGGAAGACAACGGCGACGAGAAAGCUAUCACGGCGAUGGGACUGCUCAGCACGAUGGAAACUCUGAUGGCGGUAAUGGAGGAACAUCCGCAGGUGCUGCAGGCGCUGCACCCGAUCGUCCUGCAGGUGAUCGGGCACGUGCUGCAGCAGAACGUAUUCGAGUUUUAUGAGGAGGCGUUCGGGUUGGUGUGCGAUCUGACGUCGAAGAGCAUUUCACCGGACAUGUGGAAAUUACUGGAGAUAAUUUACGAACUGUUCCAGAAAAACGGUACGGAAUACUUCGUCGACAUGAUGCCUGCCCUGCACAAUUACAUCACCGUCGAUACGCCCGCUUUCCUUUCCAAUCAAAAUCACGUCAUUGCCAUGUACAAUAUGUGCAAAUCGAUGUUGACAAGCAGCACCUCGGAGGAGUCUGAGUGCAGCGCAGUCAAACUGCUCGAAGUUAUCAUUCUGCAAUGUAAGGGACACAUCGAUGAUUUUAUACCAAGCUUUGUUGAGUUGGCGUUGAUGCGGUUAACGAGAGAGGUCAAGACGUCUGAGCUGCGAACUAUGUGCUUACAGGUGGUUAUUGCAGCAAUCUAUUACAAUCCCACAUUGUUGUUAGAUAUACUGGAAAAAAUUCCGAUUCCGGUUCCUGAUUCUUCGCUCACAGCUCAUUUCGUUCGGCAGUGGUUGCUUGAUUACGAUUGUUUCCUUGGCAUUCACGACCGCAAGCUGUGCAUUAUCGGUCUGUGCACGUUGAUGUCGCUGGGCGAUCGUAAACCGACCGUGCUGAGCGAGCUGCCAGACAAAAUUAUUCCCACGAUGCUGAUGAUAUUCGACGGACUGAAGCGUGCCUAUGCCGCCCGUGCUGCCGAGGGGGAAGAGGAAGAAAGUGAGGAUGAGAGCGAAGACCUCGAGGAUGGGCUGUCCAGCGAUGAGGACGACGUAGACGAAAUGAAUCCGUACUUCAAGAACAUGGUGAAAAUGGUGCAGGAUAAGGGAUCCGAGGCCGGUUUUGAGGUGACUGCAUCGAUUCAGGACGACGAAGACGAUGACGAUGACGAUGAUGAUGGCGAUGAGAUCGAUGAAACAGCAUUGGAAAGCUACACCACUCCGAUCGACGAUGAGGAGAAUCCGAACGCGGUGGACGAGUACAUCUUGUUCCAGGACGUAAUGAACAAUCUCCCCAAUGCCGAUCCGACCUGGUAUACGAUGCUUACCAGAAAUUUAAACGCAUCAGAGCAAAGGAAUCUGCAGGAAGUGCUCGUCUUGGCCAACCAGAAAAAGGAAACGAAACGUUCGAAGGAGAUUGAAAAAAUUGGUGGAUAUCAAUUCACCCAGCAUCAGAUACCAACUAACUUUAGCUUUACGGGGCAACCCCAGCAGUAGUUAGCUUUAAUAGGACGAGCUAGCUUUUAUAUUUGUUGCAAUUGCACGCCCGAGAAGAAGCCCUGAUUACGUACUACCACCACUACCCUUGCUACUAUUAUGGCUACUACUUCAGCUGCUGUCGAGUGCAAAUAUGCAACAGAAAUCAUCGGAAAAAUACGUUCCACCCUUUCUUCUACUCUAAGAAAACGAAAAAGUGAUCCAACCGUUUGUAGGAGGUUCUACAAUAUUUGGCAUUCGACUCUCCUCAAAUGCACACACAUCCCGAAUGUGGUAUAUGGAAUAAGCCUGGUUUUAUUUGUAUACCGAUACGCAUACUGCUCUGCUCGUCAGGAUCAUCAUUAUUUAGCUAUCCAGUACGCCCUCCUCGCUCCAGACGGCUUGAUUGAGAAUGGUCGAAUGAUCUUACAGUUGAAUCCGCACCACGAACGAUACGUGUAUGUGUGUGUAUGUGUGAGUGCAUGUUCUGAGGUUUGUAUUUUGAUGUAUAAAGCAGGAAAAUGUAAAUGUCUCUUAAACGCAUUUGAAACGCAAGCAAACGAUUAUCUGUGUUUUCUGUUUUGUUGUUGCGUGUGUUGCGAAGCUAUUCGGCAAUCGAACAGAAUUCUGGCGUUGUGAGGUUAUCGUUAGUUAGGAACGGUAUAGAAAGACGCAGCACGAGAGUGUAAUGUUACGGAAUUAGGAUGAAGCGAAUAGUAAACGAGGUUAUAAGGAUGAAAAAGAGGAUCGUUUUUUAAGGAACGUGAGUUCACGCAUGGCCGAAAUCCUUGAGUCCCACACAACCAGCAACGGGGGGAGGAUACAACUACUGAAGCAUAAAACUAAUAAUAACUAGAAGUUAAAAGGCUACACCACUGUAUGAUUGAUGGAGAGAUUCCCGUUCAAUACAGGAGCGCGCAGCAAGUAUGAAGUGAAGCUGUUAUUUAAAUAUUUGUUAUAAAGUUGAAACGCACCUUCAACUAUGGUAGCUCUUAAACAUGUUGCGAUCACACACUGUAGUAAUGGUUUCUUUUGAACACAACCGUUACAAUGUUUCGCAGCGCAAUCGUCGUCCCAUCUAUGGCAAUUAAAUCUUUUGUAUUGUGAAAGUCAUUUGUGUGUGUUUGAGAAUCAUUAACUCCGCCAAAUCUAGCGUCGACAUAGUUUUAAUAAUGAUACUGAAAACAAGAAAAUGUGCGUUUUCCACGGCACACAAUUUUGAACAAGGAAGUAGUGAGAGCAAACAUGGUCCCUACUUAGUUCCGGAUCCAACUGUGAUAUAUUGAUCCCAACUCGACCCCAAUUCGGUGCGUGAGGUGUCCCAUAGCAUGGCACCCCGCACUUUGGGAGGGUUUCUUGGCUAGGAGAAAGGAAGAAAGAGCGCACGAAAGCAAGGAUUUUCGUGGGGAUUUUUAGCUCGUCAUCGAUUUUCAUUGUGUUUGGGUCGCGCAAUGCGGCCGAAAAUAUAAAAUGAUGGAAACAUAGCGAAACGCGUGAGGUAUGCUACAUUAGUGUUGUAGAAUCAAACGAAGAGAAAGCCGAUAAUGGUGUUAAACCGCGUUACGGAGUAAGAAUUUGUAUGCAGCAUCCUUACUCUGGUGUAGAUACGAUUAGCUGCCGUUUAAAACUACCGGCCAGUUGCUGAUAGAAAGGAUUGCUGCUGGUAAGAAGAAUAUAUAAGCAAACGAAUGUUUCAGGUGGAUGAGUCGAGCGAUGGAGAAACAGCCACGAGGACAGUAAUAAUAGAAAGAAAACAAAAAGCAUUCACACACGCACACAUAUAUGCCAUUUUUUUUGUCCAAGGCAUUAAAUAAUAAUAGUCCGCUGAAAGUAUGAAAUUGAAAAUUAAUGAAAAACAAAACCACCUUCUGAACGUUUGGAUCGUCUUCCAAUACGCACCAAACAGGCUUUUGAAAAUCUUCGGCAAAGCACCAAUUUCCGUAUAUUAUUAGUACGAAGAAAGUGAAAGUAGAUCACGAUAUCCAGAACCAGCAUUUAAAUGUAAGAACAAAAUACAUCUACCUCCUCCCAUCUUACCAUCAGUUGUUAUGGCCGAUGGAAGGAGGCACUGGUUUAAAUGGCGCAACCAAUCAAUGUUCGGCGAUCAUCUCUGAGGGCAUUUAAACGAAAAUAAAACAGAUUCAUUCUUGCAGCAUGUAUAACAUAAUGGAGAAAAGAAUACAAGUAUAGAACGUAAUACAAACGGCAGGAAUUUUACGUGCAGUGACGACGGAAGGUGUCGUAAACAAUUGCAACUCUAAAGCUAAAACAUGGGGACGGUCCUAUAGAACCGUAAACGAAAUGGCGAGCAAGCUGUGUAAGA